UCUCGGCCCAGUCGUGGGGAGGGUCCACGACCAAAAAGCGCAGAAGAGAGGGCGGGGCAAGACGACCAUGGCGAUGCGCGCAGUGAUGUCGCGAAUGGCAACACAAGGGCUGCGAAGUACUCUGACUCGGUCACCCUUGACCUUCAAGCCAAUGCAGCCGCGAUGCAAUCUGACGACUUUGACGCGCCCCACCUGGAGGCCUGAGGUGCGUGCGGCCACUGCUCUAAUCCGACCGCGCGAGGAGAAGGUCCCCGGAAAGGCAACUCCCCCCCGUGCCGUGAGCGGCCUGCGAACCAUGUCCACCUGGCGUCUGCGGCCCUAUGCUGCAGCAGGAGCUGCCGGCGCCGCAGUGCCUUUGACCUCCCUGAGCGCCGGCUACAGCAAGGUGGGCCUCUCAUUGCUGGUGUUACCAUGGAAGGCACUGCCCAUGGCCUUGGCGAUCGCACCGACGGUGUGGGUCUUGCCAGCGGCCUAUCGCAUGAUCUUUCAGAACUCCAUGAGGCAUACGACCGCCUCGGUCUUCACGGUGAUCUUAUACCUGGUGCUAUCCUUCAUGCCGGUGCCAUGCUUUGAGAAUCUGUUCUCCGAACUGGCCUUCUAUGGUAUUGCCUUGGUCUCCACAUUCUUCAUGUACACCUUCUUCCCGGAGGUGCUGCUCCAUGACUUUAUGUUUAUGCACUACUUGGCCCUCUUCACCAUCCCAUUGAUCCCCUUGGCCUUCGCUUACAUGCCGAUGUUUGCAGCCAGGAGCUAUCUAUUCCUCUAGACGCGGUGACGACCGCUGAACUAUCAGUGCAGAAAGGGACGGACAUGCACGGACUGCAGGGACCCUCCUGAAAUCUGCCAGCAACUAAUGGACAUGCAUACAGAUUU